AGGGGACGCGAGCGGGAGGCUCUGCACUCGGCCACCCGGGCUGCGGGGACGGGACGGGUGCCGGCGCGGGCUCAGCGGGCGGGUAGCCGAAUCCAGGCCGGAGCCCGACCACAGCGGGAGGCCGGAGGGCUGUGCGCGGAGAUGGCGGCCGCAGCGGCCGCGGCAGCGGAGGAAGGGAUGGAGCCGCGGGCUCUGCAAUACGAGCAGACCCUGAUGUAUGGCCGGUAUACUCAGGACCUUGGGGCCUUUGCCAAAGAGGAGGCUGCUCGGAUCCGCCUGGGAGGGCCCGAGCCCUGGAGGGGUCCACCUUCCCCUUCAGCUCUCCCAGAGCUCCUGGAAUACGGACAGAGCCGUUGUGCCAGAUGCCGCAUCUGUUCGGUACACUGUCAUAAGUUCCUAGUGUCCAGGGUCGGUGAAGACUGGAUCUUCCUGGUCCUGCUGGGCCUUGUCAUGGCGCUGGUCAGCUGGGCCAUGGACUACGCCAUUGCUGCCUGUCUGCAGGCUCAGCAGUGGAUGUCUCGGGGCUUGAACACCAGCCUCUUGCUCCAGUACCUGGCCUGGGUCACCUAUCCUGUCGUCCUCAUCACUUUCUCAGCUGGAUUCACACAGAUCCUGGCCCCUCAGGCUGUCGGGUCCGGCAUCCCCGAGAUGAAGACCAUCUUGCGGGGUGUGGUGCUAAAGGAAUACCUCACCCUCAAGACCUUCGUAGCAAAGGUCAUCGGACUGACCUGUGCCCUGGGCAGCGGGAUGCCCCUUGGCAAAGAGGGACCUUUCGUGCACAUCGCCAGCAUGUGUGCUGCGCUGCUCAGCAAGUUCCUCUCCCUCUUUGGGGGCAUCUACGAGAAUGAGUCCCGCAACACAGAGAUGCUGGCUGCCGCCUGUGCCGUGGGAGUGGGCUGCUGCUUUGCGGCACCCAUUGGAGGCGUUUUGUUCAGCAUCGAGGUCACCUCCACCUUCUUCGCGGUGCGCAAUUACUGGCGGGGCUUCUUUGCGGCCACCUUCAGUGCCUUCAUCUUCCGGGUCUUGGCGGUCUGGAACCGCGACGAAGAGACCAUCACAGCUCUCUUCAAAACCCGCUUCCGGCUGGACUUUCCCUUCGACCUCCAGGAGCUGCCGGCCUUCGCCGUCAUCGGUAUUGCCAGCGGCUUUGGGGGAGCGCUCUUUGUCUACCUGAACCGGAAGAUUGUCCAGGUGAUGCGGAAGCAGAAAACCAUCAACCGCUUCCUCAUGAGGAAACGCCUGCUCUUCCCGGCUCUGGUGACCCUGCUCAUCUCCACUCUGACCUUCCCCCCUGGCUUGGGACAGUUCAUGGCCGGACAGCUCUCACAGAAAGAGACACUGGUCACUCUGUUUGACAACCGGACGUGGGUCCGCCAGGGCCUGGUGGAGGAGUUAGAGCCGCCCGGAACCUCUCAGGCCUGGAGCCCACCACGUGCCAAUGUCUUCCUCACCCUCGUCAUCUUCAUUCUCAUGAAGGUGGGCUCCUUACAGUUCUGGAUGUCUGCACUGGCCACCACCAUCCCAGUGCCCUGUGGGGCCUUCAUGCCUGUCUUUGUCAUUGGAGCAGCAUUUGGGCGUCUGGUGGGCGAAAGCAUGGCCGCCUGGUUCCCAGAUGGGAUUCACACGGACAGCAGCACCUACAGGAUUGUGCCUGGGGGCUAUGCAGUGGUGGGGGCGGCUGCGCUGGCAGGAGCAGUGACACACACAGUGUCCACGGCCGUGAUCGUGUUUGAGCUCACAGGCCAGAUCGCCCAUAUCCUGCCUGUCAUGAUCGCCGUCAUCCUGGCCAACGCCGUCGCCCAGAGCCUACAGCCCUCACUCUACGACAGCAUCAUCCGAAUCAAGAAACUGCCUUACCUGCCUGAACUGGGCUGGGGCCGCCACCAGCAGUACCGGGUCAGAGUGGAGGACAUCAUGGUGCGAGAUGUUCCCCAUGUGGCCCUCAACUGCACCUUCCGAGACCUGCGGCUGGCACUGCACAGGACCAAGGGCCGCAUGUUGGCCCUAGUAGAAUCCUCUGAGUCAAUGAUCCUCCUGGGCUCCAUUGAGCGCUCACAGGUGGUGGCAUUGCUGGGGGCCCAGCUGAGCCCAGCCCGCCGGAGGCAGCACAUGCAGGAGCGUCGAGCUGCAAAGACCCCUCCACCGCCUGAUCAGGAGAGUCUCCCCAGCCCUGAGACCUCCGUCCGCUUCCAGGUGAACACAGAGGACUCGGGCUUCCCUGCUGCCCGAGGGGAGACUCACAAGCCCCUGAAGCCUGCUCUCAAGAGGGGGCCCAGCAACUCCAUGAGCCUCGGGGAGAGUUCCCCAGGGAAUGUGGAGCAGGCUGGCAUCGCCCUCAGGAGCCUCUUCUGUGGCAGUCCACCCCCCGAGGCUGCUUCGGAGUUGGAGAAGUCAGAACCAUGCGACAAGCGCAAGCUGAAGCGGGUCCGAAUCUCCGUGGCAAGCGACUCAGACCUGGAAAGUGAAAUGACCCCUGAGGAGAUCCUGGAGUGGGAGGAGCAGCAACUAGAUGAACCUGUCAACUUUAGUGACUGCAAAAUUGACCCUGCCCCCUUCCAGCUGGUGGAGCGGACCUCUUUGCACAAGACUCAUACCAUCUUCUCACUGCUGGGAGUGGACCAUGCCUAUGUCACCAGUAUUGGCAGACUCAUUGGAAUCGUCACUCUAAAGGAGCUCCGGAAGGCUAUUGAGGGCUCCGUCACAGCACAGGGCGUGAAAGUCCGGCCGCCCCUCGCCAGCUUCCGUGACAGUGCCACCAGCAGCAGUGACACAGAGACCACUGAAGUGCAUGCACUCUGGGGGCCCCGCUCCCGCCACGGCCUACCCCGGGAGGGCAGCCCUUCUGACAGUGACGACAAGUGCCAGUGAAUUCCUCCGCAGGUGGCCUGGGGCGGUGGUGGCCCUGACUGUCCGCUCAGCCCCUGCAGCUCUCCUGUGCCUCCUGCCUUGGGCAAGCAGGAGGCAGCUAUGUCCAAAGGUUAGAGCCCUGGCCCCCCUUCCAGGCCGGGGGCACCAGCUUCUCCCAGUUCCUCCUACCUGGAAUGAGACCCAGCUCCCACCUGCGGCGAGUGUCCCUUUCAAGGGCAGGAAGGUUGGCACUGCCCUGGCGGGACGGGGGUGGGGUCGCUUGACCCCUGCUGCCCCUUUGAGGAGCAAAGGGGUAGAACUAAGAUGGGUUUAUACUGGAACCUCCAAUGACCAGAUGUAUAUAGAGAUUUACAAAGAUUUUUAUAUUAAUUUAAUAAAACAAAUUCUCAAAUAGAACAAAAUAAACACCUAAUGAGCCACUUAUGUAUAGAA